GUAACGUUUGAUUCCACAAGUCAUUUCCUCGUUGUUAGCAUAUUAGCAUCAAGCUAACUACCUGCUCUCUUUGAAAGUAGUUGGCUUCUGUCAUCUGUGGAGACCCUGACCGCUGUUUCCAACACAAGCGUCUCUUCGACACAACGAGAAAGUCUUUCAAGGACUUUAGGCAGAAAGUGGUGUCAGGUGUGGUCCAGGGUCGUUGAACGGUUAAUGCACAGAGUAAAGAGGCUGAAAAUCGAAGACGGAACAGAAGACGGCCAGAAAAGCGUCAGAGAAGCACUGGCAGGUAUGAUGGGGGAGGACGAGCUCUCGGAGAGCACAGAGGUGGUGGAGAUGGAGGAUGUGAAUCCCACCCAGUUCCAGGUGGAGAAGCAUACGUGGGAUGGCCUGCGGAAGAUCAUCCACAACAGCCGCAAGAACACCGGCGUGGUCAUCAACAAGGCGCCGCAUGACUUCCAGUUUGUCCAGAAGGACGAGAGCAGCCCGCACUCUCACCGCAUCUACUACCUUGGCAUGCCUUACGCCAGCAGGGACAACGCAUUACUCUACUCAGACAUUCCCAAGAAGGUCCGCAAAGACGCCCUGCUGGUUUUGUCAUGGAAACAGAUGCUGGAUCACUUUCAGGCCAGCCCACAUCACGGGGGCUUCUCCCGGGAGGAGGAGCUGCUGCGAGAGAGGAAGCGUUUGGGGGUGUCUGGCAUCACCUCCUAUGACUACCACAGAUCCAGCGGGCUCUUCCUGUUCCAGGCCAAUAGCUGUCUGUACUACUGCCGUGACGGUGGAAACAACAGCUUCAUUACUGCUCCCAUGAAUCCCGUUGAGAUUAAGACCGAGAGCUCAGGCACACGUAUGGACCCUAAGAUCUGCCCCGGGGACCCCAACUUUAUUGGCUUCAUCAGUAACAAUGACAUUUGGGUCACCAGCAUCGAGACGGGUGAAGAGAAGAGGCUCACCUUCUGCCACAAAGGUAUCGAUAACCCAAAAGAAGACCCUAAAUCUGCUGGUGUAGCCACUUUUGUCACACAGGAAGAGUUUGAUCGCUUCACUGGAUACUGGUGGUCACCAGCUGCUCGAGAAGAGUCGGAUGGUGGGAAGACGUUGCAGAUUUUAUACGAGGAGGUGGACGAGUCUGAGGUUGAGAUCAUCCAUGUCCCGUCUCCGGCCCUGGAGGAGCGUAAGACCGAUGUCUACAGAUACCCACGUGCAGGCAGCAAGAAUCCAGAUAUUACUCUCAAAAUAGCAGAAAUCAGGACAGAUAAUCUCGGCAAAAUUGUCAGCACACAAGAAAAGGAGCUUCCUGUUCCCUUCACCAGCCUGUUCCCAGAUGCUGAAUACAUCACCAGAGCUGGAUGGACAAAGGAUGGCAAAUAUGCGUGGGUGGUCAUGAUGGACCGGCGUCAGCAGCAUCUCCAGCUGGUCCUGCUGCCUCCAGCGUUCUUCAUCCCUGCAAAUCAGGACAAGACCAGCAGACAAGAGAGCCUGGAGACCCUUGGAGACACGGUCCAUCCUUUGAUCAUCUACGAAGAGACCAGCGACAUCUGGAUCAAUGUCCAUGACAUCUUCCAUCCCUUCAUCCAAACCAGCGAUGAUGAAAUCACCUUCAUCACCGUAAACGAGUCCAAAACAGGCUUCUGCCACCUGUAUAAGAUCACCUCAGUGUUACAGCGUGGCAGCUAUCACUGGGCCAAAGGUUACACUCACUCUGAAGAUGAUUUCAAGUGUCCAGUCAAAGAGGAGGUGACAGUAACCAGUGGGGAGUGGGAGGUGCUGGCCAAUCACGGAGCAAAGCGUUCAUCCAGUCCUCAGAUUUGGGUGGACGAGGUGGGGAAAGUGGUUUACUUCCAGGGAACCAAAGACUCUCCUCUGGAGCAUCACCUGUAUGUGGUGAGCUACGAGUCUCCGGGUGAAAUUGUCCGACUCACCAAACCUGGAUUCUCCCACAGCUGCUCUGUGAGCCAGACCUUUGACAUGUUUAUCAGCCACUACAGCAACUUGACAACCGCACCGUGCGUGCACAUCUUCAAGCUGCUCAGUUCAGACAGCGACCCACUUCACAAAGAGCCGCAGUUCUGGGCGAGCAUGAUGGAGUCCUCUGGGGCUGCAUUCGACAGCAUUCCUCCAGAGAUCUUCAACUUCACGGGGAAGUCGGGCUUCGAGCUGUACGGCAUGUUGUACAAACCACAAAACCUGGUCCCCGGCAGGAAGCAUCCCACUGUCAUCUUUGUUUACGGCGGUCCCCAGGUGCAGUUAGUGAAUAAUUCCUAUAAAGGAGUGAAGUAUCUACGGUUAAGCACUCUGGCAUCUCUGGGCUAUGUCGUAAUGGUGAUCGACGGGCGAGGAUCCUGUCAGCGAGGGCUCAAGUUUGAGGGAGCUGUGAAGGACAAAAUGGGUCAGGUAGAGAUCGAUGACCAGGUAGAGGGUUUGCACUACGUAGCUGAGAAGUACAAGUGCGUGGACCUGAGUCGCGUUGCCAUCCACGGCUGGUCGUACGGAGGCUUCCUCUCACUCAUGGGCCUCAUCCAUAAACCGGACAUCUUCAAGGUUGCCAUUGCAGGAGCUCCAGUGACCUUGUGGAUGGCCUACGACACUGGCUACACAGAGCGAUAUUUGGACACACCUGAAAAAAACCAGAAGGGAUACGAGGCUUGCUCUGUUGCCCUGCAUGUUGACAAACUCCCAAAUGAGCCUAACAGACUGUUGAUCCUGCACGGCUUUCUAGAUGAGAAUGUGCACUUUUUCCACACCAACUUCCUGGUGUCUCAACUCAUCCGGGCAGGGAAACCAUACAACCUGCAGGUUUAUCCCAAUGAGCGACACAGUAUCCGAUGUCCAGAGUCUGGAGAACAUUACGAGAUUACGCUGCUGCACUUCCUCCAGCAGAACCUCUGAUAAGCCUUUUCACACACUGACCUUCCCUUCCUUCCUCGCUUCCUUUGCCUCCUCUCCUCAUCUCCUCCUUCACAUUCUCAUUUAUUUAAACUUGCAUCUCCUUCACUUUUCACUUGAUUUUAUAUAUAAACCGAAUGCAGGCUAUGCCUAAACCUCGUCACACCUCAAGAGUCGUUCGUCAGUCUUAAAGGUGCUGUAGCUUUUUAGCACUGAUAAAUCAUUAAAAGAUUAUUAUUCAGAUGUUAGUAUAGUUACCAUAAAUAAGCCUCUUAUAGUCUUUGAGGCCUUAUGUUACCAUGAAGGGAAACUGCCUCAAAACAAGCAGGGGGUGCUGUUCACACAGAACAAACAGGGCUGACGCUCUUUGAGAUUAUAGUGAAAAAAACAAAAAACAAAUCAAAAUGUGAGAGUGAUGAAUACUGACUUUAAAAAAUGUUUCUUAAUGCACCUUUAACAGAACAGAAUUUUCAGCAAUGCAAAAAACCUGCUGAGUCCAGUUUUUGGAAACAACUUCAAGUGAUUUCUCAUUUAAUUUCUUUUGUGCCAUUUCUUUUUUUUUUUUUUUCGUGAUCAGCUCUCUUAUUGUUUUCCUGUUUCCAUAAUAAACACUGGAGUGAAGUUAGCAAACAUGAACCUCUAUAAGAUCAGACAACAAGCUCUCAUUCCCCUUUGACAUUUACUUUAUAGUUUUUGUUUUGUUUUGCUUUGACUCCAUGUUCUUAUGUGCUGGUAUGGAAGACUCUUUAUGUCGUGUGUCUCACUUAGGCAGAUCUACAAGAAAAAAAAAAUUACUUGUCACAUUUUUAUUGUGUAUUGUUAAAGUAUUUUUAUGGAUUAUUAUGCAUCUGUAAACUGGUGGAAGUAAGUAGCAACCUCUUGCUGUUUCACUCAAUCGCUUGCUUUGUUUUUGCGGGAUCUUCUUUUUCUUCUGCUGCUGGGGACUUUUGCACAUAUUUCAUGUUUGCCUUUGUGCCAACAAACUGAACCUUGAGAUGAUGUUUGACACAACUGUUUGCAGUCUGAGGUGCCUUUCAAGAGCUUAAGAGCGCCUGCUCAUAUAGUUAAUAUCAGGGAAUCUGUCUGAGGACCUAGGACAAUAAAAAUGCCUUGUUACAUGUGUGUCUGAUGACCAACUGUAAGAUGAGCUACCAUCACCUGUACUCUCAGAUACUGAAGAAAUAAACAGAAGUGAACAAUCUUUUUCAAA